AUGGACAAUAUCAUCGCUCAGGAGGCCCGACUCCGUUGUCGCUAUAAUCAACUCACCAAUACCGCGGGGAUUGCACCGGGAUAUUUACAAGCGAAUCUUUUGGUACUUCCUUCAAAAUAUGCUGCAGAUUUCCAUGAUUUGUGUUUGCGCAAUCCAGUUCCUUGUCCUCUACUAGGAAUUACCGUCCCUGGGGACCCAAGUGCCGUUCGACCGGCAGAGUGUAUUCGCUCCGAAGAUUUUGAUAUUCGGACGGACUUCCCCACGUAUCGAGUAUAUUCAGCCGGGAAGUGUAUUGAAAGUCGUCGUGACUUGUCCGAUGUAUGGAAUAAGGAUCAUGUGGGCUUUUUGAUCGGAUGCUCGUUCUCAUUUGAGGAUGCCUUAACGGCGGCAGGGUUGCCCCCGCGUCACCAAAAGACUGGCACGGUAGUUGCAAUGUACCGAUCGAACAUUCCAUUACUACCCGCUGGGAUAUUCACUGGUGGCCACUGUAUUGUAUCCAUGCGACCGUAUCGUCCGGAGCAUAUCGAGAGACCUGUCGCUUGGGGCUGGGAUGGAGCAAAACAACUGGGAAUUCUUGAUGUGGCAAAGCCGGACUUUGGAGAAGCGCAAAUAUUCGAGGAGGGCGAAGUUCCUGUGUUUUGGGCCUGUGGAGUCACACCUCAAAUUGCCGUCGAAGCAGCGAGUAAUAAAAUUGAAGGCCUGGUCUUUGCCCAUGAGCCCGGCCACAUGCUAGUCACAGAUUGGACAGCAGAAGAUUUGCAGAAACUCAAGCCUGGAAUCAUUUAG